AUGGCCCAAGUACACAAAAUCCUCAUCCUUCCAGGCGACGGCAUCGGUCCCGAAGUAAUGACCGAAGCCGUCAAAGUCCUCAAAGCCUUCGAAACACCCCAGCACACCUUCCAACUACGCCAGGAACUGAUUGGUGGGUGUAGCAUUGAUGCAACCGGCAAGUCUGUCACAGAGGAGGUCAAACAGGCAGCUCUAGGUUCCGACGCCGUGCUCUUCGCUGCAGUUGGCGGACCGAAAUGGGAUAACGCUCGGAGAGGGUUGGAUGGACCUGAAGGUGGUUUGUUGCAACUGAGAAAAGCGAUGGAUAUCUAUGCAAAUUUGCGGCCUUGCUCUGCUGAUUCGCCGAGUAGCUCUAUCGCCAAAGAAUUUAGUCCGUUUCGACACGAGGUCAUUGAAGGUGUGGACUUUGUGGUUGUGAGGGAGAAUUGCGGAGGUGCUUAUUUUGGAAAGAAGAUUGAAGACGAAACUUAUGCAAUGGAUGAAUGGGGCUAUAGUGAAGCUGAGAUUCAGCGCGUGACUCGUCUAUCCGCGGAGAUUGCACAACGUCAUAAUCCUCCGUGGCCGGUCAUUUCUCUGGACAAGGCAAAUGUCCUAGCAUCAUCUAGACUGUGGAGGCGGGUGGUGGAGAAAACCAUGACGACCGAGUAUCCGGAUGUCAAGCUAGUGCACCAGCUUGCAGAUUCGGCAUCUUUGAUCAUGGCGACAAAUCCACGUUCCCUAAACGGUGUGAUUCUCGCUGACAAUACCUUUGGGGACAUGCUGUCUGACCAGGCUGGCUCGAUCGUUGGAACCUUGGGGGUUCUCCCAAGUGCCAGUUUGAAUGGCCUUCCGGGGGAUAAGACGUUAAAGACACGGCCGUAUGGGCUGUAUGAGCCUACACAUGGAUCAGCACCGACAAUUGCUGGGCAGAAUAUUGCCAACCCGGUGGCCAUGAUCCUCUGCGUUGCAUUGAUGUUCCGUUACUCUUUGAGUAUGGAAGAUCAAGCACAGCGGCUGGAAGGUGCUGUACGCAAAGUGCUGGACUCGGGCUUGCGGACUCCUGAUUUGGGAGGAAAGGCUGGGACAAAUGAAGUGGGCGAUGCGAUUGUAGCUGCAUUGUAA